CUUAAUCAGACACACAUUCAAUGACUAAGGAACCUUUUUCUGGUCCAGCCAACACUAACCUUUUGGCGUCGCAGCGGAUCAACCGUCGGAUGGGCAAUAGAAAGAAUAGUCUUUCUGUUUGUCGAUGUCAAUAUAGGCAUCGAAGGUUCGCCUAGCCAGACCCAUCGAGCACCUUGGAAACAGACCAGAUAGAGGACCACCAUGGAGGCUCAUUCAUACUCAUCUGAGGUCUAUUUACCCGCGGCUGACAACCGGCGCAACUCCAUGAGAAGCAGCUAUAGCAUUGUAUCUGAGGUUGAAAUGGCUCGUAAUGAGGUCUACGAUGGUCCUAUAUCAGAGAGUAUACCAUCGAGCAUUAUCUCAUUUUCGCAUCGUCGAGAUCGGAAAGACUCUACUACUAGCUUUACCUAUUUUCGUGAUGAUCAGGAUCAUACUUUGUGGCCACCUGAGGACGCACUGGACCUCGAGCACGACAUAGACGACAUCUCUGUGGAUGGUUUUGAUACCGCCAAUCGGUCAAUGCGCUCGUCCAAGCGCCGGUCAUUUUCAACGGGCUCUGUUGGAGAUCCUCUGCUUCGGCGGUCAUUAUCCGCAGGCUCGUACGCACGGAAUGGGAGAGCUGAAAACAGAACAAAUCAGAAAGUCCACAUCGUAUCCGAAGACCUGACCGUCGUGAUCGCGGGAUUUUCGACAAGCAUUACUGGUCUUGUGCUUUAUUACCUACUGUGUGCAUUGUCUUUGGGUUUCGCUUACCUACUCUUUCGAUGGCUCCCCAAAUGGCGCGUUGGCCUUUUAGGUAAACCAGUACCACUCGGUGCCUGUAAAUGGGUUGCAAUUGAGGAUCAAUGGAAUCGAUUUCAAGUACAGCAAGUCGAUAGUCAAGAUUAUGGACGCCCUCUUUCUACGGUUUUUGCCGAUACUGGCUGCAAUCUUUUUGACGAAGACAAUGACCCCACCGUUAGUCAGUUGAGAUGCAUUGAUUACAGAUAUCUUCGCUUCUUCUAUCAUCCACUGAAAGAUAAAUUCUGUCUACUGAACGGCUGGAAAGACCCCUUAUGGACAACUGUGAAGGGGAUGAGACUCGGUCUGGAUGCCGAUGAUCGUGACAAUCGGGAACAAAUCUUCGGAAAAAAUCUCAUUGAUAUUCAGCAGAAGCCUGUGUUUCAACUCCUUAUGGACGAGGCUUUUCACCCAUUCUAUAUUUUCCAACUAGCAAGCCUUGUAUUGUGGUCACUUGAUGAAUAUUAUUAUUAUGCUGUAUGCAUAUUUCUUAUUUCAGUCAUCAGCAUUGGGGCCACGGUCAUCGAAACAAGAACUACAAUGAAUCGGCUGAGGGAGCUUUCACUUUUUGAAUGUGACACACGUGUCCUUCGGAACGGUUUUUGGAGAUCUAUUCCAUCCCGAGAGCUGGUCCCAGGCGAUGUCUACGAAUUUUCUGAUCCGUCCCUCACGCAGGUGCCUUGUGACUGCUUAUUGUUAUCCGGCGACUGCAUAGUCAACGAGAGCAUGCUGACAGGUGAAUCUGUCCCAGUCAGUAAAGUUCCUCUUACGGACGAUUCGCUGGGGUACUUGAACCUAGCUGGUCCGUCUAUUGAUCCUAGCCUUGCAAAGCACUUUUUAUUCAGCGGCACGAAGGUAAUAAGGGCACGGCGCCCGCAGAAUGUCGACGAUGAUGAAGCUAUAGCAUUAGCGGUUGUUGUGAGGACCGGUUUCCUCACAACUAAAGGCGCCCUAAUCCGGUCAAUGCUAUUUCCGAAACCGUCAGGCUUCAAAUUCUACCGAGAUUCAUUUCGUUAUAUCUCAGUUAUGGGCCUUAUUGCUGCUCUAGGGUUCAUUGCCUCAUUUGUGAACUUUGUCCGUUUAGGGCUUCCUUGGAAUUUCAUCAUUGUCCGAGCACUUGAUCUGAUCACAAUCGUCGUGCCUCCGGCGCUACCUGCUACGUUGAGUAUAGGAACAAAUUUUGCUCUUUCAAGACUGAAGAAUCAUAAGAUAUUCUGCAUUAGUCCACAGAGGGUCAAUGUGGGCGGAAAGCUAGAUAUAAUUUGUUUCGAUAAGACCGGAACUCUUACUGAGGACGGACUAGACGUUCUUGGGAUCCGCAUUGUUAAUAAUAAUGCAAGCUUUUCAAGUUUGAUUUCUUCCUUCCGUUGCGGUACCCCAAUUCCGGCAGACAUAUCCAUUACACAGAACAAGAUUAAUCGCUAUGAUAGUAUCCUUCACGCCAUGGCAACAUGUCAUUCCUUGCGAGUGAUUGAUGGUGAAUUACUAGGAGAUCCACUCGAUGUCAAAAUGUUUGAGUUCACCGGCUGGUCUUUUGAAGAGGGAGGAAGUCAUGUGGAACAGCCAAAUUCUGAGACAAUCAUACCAUCGAUUGCACGACCACCUAUGCCUAGAGGUACUGCUGCGGAUCAUCAACAGGAACAAGUUUCACAUGCACAUCUGGAGCUUGGGAUAUUGCGCAACUUUGAAUUCAUUUCGGAAUUACGUCGUGCAAGUGUUGUUGUACGCCGAUUCGGUGAUUCUGGAGCGAGUACUUAUGUCAAAGGCGCCCCAGAAAGUGUGAAGGCCAUUUGUCUCCCAGAAAGCUUGCCCCGUGAAUAUGACGAGCUCCUAAAUUAUUAUACUCAUAAAGGCUAUCGCGUCAUUGCCUGUGCUGCCAAGUAUGAGCCGAAGUUGAGCUGGAUGAAAAUUCAGAAGAUCACUCGUCAGAAUGCUGAGUGUGACCUGGAAUUUCUCGGGUUCAUCAUAUUCGAAAAUAAGCUUAAGCCAAAGACUGCUGGGACUAUUGCUGAACUUGCUGAAGCAGGCAUACGCAAUGUCAUGUGUACAGGCGAUAACAUACUCACAGCAGUCAGUGUUGCUCGUGAAUGUGGGUUGAUCAGUAGCAAUGAACACUGCUUUAUUCCUUAUUUUUUACCAGGGCAUGCGCAUGAUUCAGGUACUUCGCUGUUUUGGGAAAGCGUUGAUGAUCCAGCAAUCACUCUUGACCCAACUACGCUCAUGCCCCACGCGAAUGAAGCAAGUAUUGACCUUUCUGUGCCUGGCAAUGUUUCCAGUCUUCAUAACUACACCCUUGCUGUGACUGGCGAGGUUUUCCGAUGGGUAGUUGACUUCGGUAGCGAGACAAUUCUGGACAGAGUGCUCGUGCGUAGCAGUGUAUUUGCCAGAAUGUCACCGGAUGAGAAGCAUGAACUUGUCGAGAAGUUACAGUCUCUCGACUACUGCUGUGGCUUCUGUGGCGACGGUGCAAAUGAUUGCGGCGCAUUAAAAGCUGCUGACGUUGGUAUUUCAUUGUCUGAUGCUGAAGCCUCUGUUGCAGCUCCGUUCACCAGUCGCCAGUUCGAUAUCUCAUGCGUACCCACACUAAUUAGGGAAGGUCGAGGUGCCUUGGUCACAAGCUUCUGUUGUUUCAAGUAUAUGAGUCUUUACUCGGCCAUACAGUUUGCAACAGUAAGCCUACUGUAUGCGUCUGCGUCAAAUUUGGGUGAUUUCCAGUUUCUCUUUAUCGACCUAUUUCUGAUCUUGCCGAUUGCAAUCUUCAUGGGAUGGACCAGUCCUCACCCUACACUAUCCCGCAAACGCCCCACCGCCGAUCUUGUCUCACGUAAAGUCUUAAUCCCACUGCUGGGCCAGAUCACUCUUUGUGUGGUUACGCAGAUUAUAAUCUACAAAUAUGUCCAGCGACAACCCUGGUUUGAACCUCCGAGCGCAGAUUUGAAUGAUAAUAUUCAAAAUUCGGCAAAUACUAUCCUUUUCCUGGUUUCCAGCUUCCAGUACAUAUUCUCGAGCGUUGUGCUCAGCGCCGGACCACCUUUUCGCAAGCCAAUGAUCUCGAACAAACCAUUUUUGUUCAUGGUAUUAUUGGACCUGCUGUUUUCAUGCUACAUGCUGUUUAGACCCACGCAGUGGCUCAGGCGUGUCAUGCAGUUGACCUACCUCCCAGACUACUUUGCUUGGCAAUUACUGGCAAUUGUUGCCGUAAGCUUCCUAAUCUGUUCGAUGGCAGAAAGAAGGAUUCUCCCUUCCUUUGCUCGUAGUGUGGGAAGAUUACGUCGAAAGCUGGGCCCAGGGCAAUCCAAGAAACGCCGUCGGUACAAAGUGCUACUCGAGGAAAUGCAGAAUUGAAUCCGAGUAUCUGGGCAUUGAUCCGUGCUAAUGGAUAUAUAGCUUAUGCCAUUAUCAUGAACGGGAGGUUAGACUUGAGACGAGGUUAGACUUGAGACCACAGAUGGAAUUUGACUAGACAUUGCUUGGGAUUUCCAGGCUAUUUUCUUUAGGGCGACAUCAGGAGACAUCUAAUCCAUUAUAUAUGUAUUGAGUUCCAACGAAAUGACGCACUCGAGACCAUUCCGCAUUCAAUGAUCCCAGGGGUGCUUCCAGCCCAACAGAGCGGCACCAUCUUUUUUGGCUCGGUACAUUAACUGUAUAGUUGAGAACAGCAGCCAUCAGUAUCACUAUCAGAAAGAGAUUCGCUGUUGACAUA